CGCCCCCUCUUCCCAAACACGUGGAUCUCUUCGAGUUUUUCAGUCUUUGUUCCCUGUUCGUCAGCAGCCCAGAAGCGGGAGUGUUGAUAAAGCUGUAAGAGAGCUGCAGCAGCAGCAGUUGAUGAACUCUGGAAAGAAGUCCAGCAGCUUGAGGAACAUCUGGUCAAAGAAACUGGAGGGAAGCAGGAGCUCAAACAGCGGCAGGACGCAGCAGAGGAAGAGACACCAGAUGAUGGAUGAUGUUUUCCAGCCCAGAUUAGUGCUGCCAGCAGAUGUUAAAGAAGAGGCUCCUGAAGAACAGAGUCCUGAUGUGGAUCAGCAGGAGCCAGAGCUCCUCCAGAUAAAGGAGGAACAGGAUGAACUCUGGACCAGUCAGGAAGGAGAGCAGCUCACUGUGAAGGAGGAGACUGAUACCAGGUUUCCAUUAACUGCAGCUCCUAUCAAGAAUUUUAAAAAAGAGGCUCCUGAAGAACAGAGUCCUGAUAUGGACCAGCAGGAGCUGGAGCUCCUCCACAUAAAGGAGGAAAGUGAAAGAAUCUGGGCCAGCCAGGAUGGAGAACAACUGAAUGUGAAGGAGGAGACUGAUUAUACCAGGUUUCCAGUAACUGUUGUUCAUAUGAAGAGUGAAGAGGAUGAAGAGAAACCUCUGUUCUCUCAGCUUCAUCAACACCAGACAGACGACAGAGAUCUUCCAAUCAGCAGCUCAACUGACCAGAUAAAAGCAGAAAUUAAAGUAGAGGACUGUGGAACAUCAGAAACCAGCAUAAACCCAGAUCUAAAUACUCAUGGAGGCUUUUCCAACUAUUCACUGACUAAAGACAGUGAAGAUGAUGAAGAGGAUGUGAAGCAUCAUGAAUCUGAGCUUAAACACUUGUCAGACUCUGAAACUGAAGACAGUGAGGAUGAUGAAGAGGAUGAUGAUGUGAAGCAUCAUGACUCUGAGCUUAAACGCUUGUCAGUCUCUGAAACUGAAGACAGUGAGGAGGACUGGAAGGAGAGCAGGACUCCAGGAUCAGGUAGAAACGCUGUCAACAAAUCUUUGAGCUGCUCUGAGUGUGGGGGAAAAUUUGCUAACAGACGCUCUCUUCAGAGUCACAUGACAUGUCAUCCAAGAUUAAUGUCUUCAGAUUGUUCCGGUAAUGAGACUUGUUUCAGAGAAAAGAAAAUUAUAGAUUCACUGACAAAUGUCCAGAAAGGUAGUAAAACGUUUAAUUGUGGUGAGUGUGGUCAAGGCAAAAGUCAUCGGACCAGGAUGGGAGCAGGAGUCAUGAAGGUCAAAAAACAGGCAAAAGUCAUAACACAGGGAGCCAGCUGGGGGCUGUUUACGACUCUGUCUACGGAGGCCAGGAGACGGCACCGAAAAGUCACGGUGACCGUGUAA